AAAAAGCGCCUUAUGCUCACCAAUGACGGGCCGCUGCGACUUUACAACAUGGCUGCGGGCGCCGCGACUGUGCCUCAAGUUGCAACCAGUAGCUAGUCCACUGGCUUGCCAAACUUAACAAUAGCAUGCGGGGAUUUAGCCCGUCGCCACUGAGAUUCGCGAACAGAGACAUAGUUAAAUAAUGGAGGCGCCGGGGCUGGAACAGCUGCUCGACUUCCAACGGUGGCCGGACGAUGGCCUGCUGCGGCUGCUGCUCAUGCUGUAUUUCCCCUUCGGCGUGUGCCUGACGCUGCUCCGCAUCUUCGUCGGCGUACAUGUGUUUUUAGUCAGCUGCGCCCUUCCCCAUAGCUUUAUACGAAGGUUUGUUGUAAGGGUUAUGUGUUCGGUGCUGGGGAUCUACGUUAGGCAAAACAGCCCACGGCUGAGAGAGAGGGCCGCCAGGCUAUUCGUCUGUAACCACGUGACGCCGUUCGAUCACAAUGUCAUUAACAUCAUAGCACCGUGUAACACACCGAUGUUGGGAGGUUCUUCAGGGUUUAUGUGCUGGGCGCGAGGUUUCCUGGAGCUGGGAAUGGUGUCGGGCCGCUCCGGCCUGGCCGAGGCUCUCCAGCAGUACUGUAUGGCCCAGGGCACUCUGCCCCUACUGCUCUUCCCGGAGGAGGAUAUCACUAAUGGCCGGCAUGGCCUGCUCAAAUUCAGCUCCUGGCCCUUUACUGUGACGGACACCGUCCAGCCCGUGGCCUUGAUCGCGAGGCGACCCCUGCUAGCCGUGAGUACAGCCGAGUCGUCUUGGGUGACAGAGCUAUUGUGGACUCUAUUCGUCCCAUUUACAGUAUACCAAGUAAGAUGGCUUGCCCCGAUGUCCCGACGAGAUGGCGAUUCGUCACAGGAUUUCGCCAACAGAGUUCAGGAGGUCAUCGCGGGUGAGCUUGGUCUGGUACCCACGCAGAUCACCAAGGGAGACAAAGCGGAGCACAUCAAAAGGAGAAGGCACAUUGUCCCUUGGACAAGAAGCUCCAAUACGGUCACGAGGGCACAGGCCCAUUCGGCAGCUUACUUAGCCCCCCGGCCUGGGGUCGAGGACGCACAGAUGGCAAAGAUGGCCCAGCAGGUGAAGGAAGUCCUCCCCGACUUCCCGGUCAACAUCAUCAUGAGAGAUCUCAUGCAGACCAACUGCGUGAAUACUACUAUCACAAAUCUACUGGAAGGCAGCAGAGAACCGGAGAUGGAGGCCUUGGCGGGAGCCGAGUCCACCCCAGGCGAGAGCUCGGCCCCCGCCAUGUCCAGGCAUGCAAAUCCUCCUUGGUCUGCUGCUAAUACCUUUGGGAACUGUCAGAUCGACAGACACAUGUCUCUCCAGGAGAGAAAAGAGGCCUUGUAUGAGUACGCUAGACGACGUUAUAUAGAAAAACAUGGGCUUAAUGAGGAGAACGUCCAGUGACAAAGGAAGACCCGUGCAAGACCAGGAGCAAAGAGAGACUGUCAUUAAUGUCUGCGGAUUUAUGGAAUAAAGAGGCCAACCGUGAGGCCUCCUUAAGGAUUGUUCACUAUGAUGCCACUUGUUGGGGCGGCGAGAAAGAUGCACUUCUCGAAGCCUAUGUGGAUUUCUGUUUUAAUUAUUUUGCAUGGCAAUCAUGCAUGUACCUUGAUUCUCUCCACAGAUAAGAUUAUUUUGGUAACAGUUUAUAUUAAUACCUGUUGUCAGUGAUGCAUUUUUUGAGUCCAAAGGUGAUGUAAUAACUUAGAAGCAGGUGUCCGAUUGGUCUGCGCUCAUAACAAUUCAUUGUCCAGAUACAUUUGAAUAAAUUGAGUCUGCUUUUAA